CUGCUUCUUUGUUUUUCUGCAUUCAAUUGAAUGUGUGUGUAACUUUUAUUGACGAGUGACGUAAGUUGUUUUUUUUUCUGACCUGCCAGAGUGUGAUAAAGCCGUCCACGUUUUCUUAUUUUGGAUGGGUACGAACAAGUUUGUGAGUGUUCUGCUUGCGAAUGAGGCAUCUGGAAUCGGAAUCAGAAUCACUCCUCCUGGAGCACCCUUCACAAUAUCCAAUAAAAUUAUGAUUGCUCAAAUCGUGCGGGACAGCCCGGCUGACAUUGAUGGACGUCUCAAGGUCGGAGACCAAAUAUUGGAGAUCAACGACACCCCCGUUGACUGCCUGACAAAUGAAGAAGUCAGGGAUCUACUGUUGAGGAGUGGGGGACCGUUUAUUUCUCUGCUGGUUCUGAGACCUGCCAAAACAUUCUCAAACCAAGACUACUUUUUGCACCCCAAUUUCCUCAGAUAGCACUAACUGUGAAUACAUACAUAGCAUUUAGCAUGUCGCAUGCAGGCAACCUGCCGAUUUAAUAUUAUAUCGAUCCUAUGGCAAACUUACUUUCAGUUUGGUCACCUCGACUUUUAAAGUAUAUGAAGAGAAUUGGGCAUUUUGUUUUGUAAUAUAAUCUUAAAGUAAGCUCCAAUAUAACCAUAAUAUAACCGUAAAUCCAAGCUGCAGGAAAAAUCAAAACUUUAUAAAAAACACUAUUUUGAAGCGCUUUGACUUCUUUUCAUUGUAUUGUUCCUUUGCUUUAUUACCUUAAGAACAUAUAGUGUUAACUUUAUGACCAAAUAACUCCAGCUGGUUGUAACUACCUGGUAGUUCAAAUUAUUUUAUAGUUACAAUCGGGCACUAUGUUAGUUGUCAAUGAAAAUAAAGUUAAGUUAGUUUUCUCAACUAUCUUGAUAUGAGCCCCAGCUGAAUGCUGGUUUCUCUCUACGAAGGCUUCUUGUAGUUUGAAACAAACUAGUUGCAAAAAGGAUUAGAGACACUUUGAAACGUGUCACUUGGGGCAAAUGAAUUGAAAUUUA